UGGAUCGUCUGGCUCGACAGCGGGCAUCGGGUCACCAGGUAUGACAGCGGGCACUGGGUCAACAGGCAUCAGGUCAUAUGGCUCGCCAGCGAGCACCGUGUCAUCUGGCAAGGGCAGUGGGCACCAAGUCCUCAGGUACGACAGCAGGCUCUGAGUCAAUUGGCACGACAGCGGGCACCGGGUCACCAGGCAUUGGAUUCGUCUGGCUUGACAGCGGGCAUCGGGUCACCAGGCAUCAGGUCGUUUGGCUCGCCAGCGGGCACCGAGCCAUCUGGCAAGGCAGUGGACUCCGAGUCAACUGGUAUGACCGCGGGCACUGGGUCAGACAUUGGAUCGUCUGACUGGACAGCAGGCAU